AUGUUUUGGUAUAUCGAUACCAGCAUCACUGUAAUAGAACUUGAAUGGAGCGAAAUCACUGUCAUAUCUUCACCCGGCUAUCCAUUCUACUACGACUCGAACCUCGACCUUACUUGGGUACUCACGGCUCCAGUGGGUCACAUCCUCCAGAUACAGAUCCUGGACCUGGCCCUAGAGACGGACAAUGACUACUUGUACAUUGGUUCUGGGCCUGGUCCCAAUGAACCUGGUUCUUGGGAGCUUCAGAAACUGACUGGGUAUAACUAUUCCAGUGAACCCGCUACACCCGGUCACUCUAUGUGGGCCAGGUUUACCACGGAUGUCUCAAGGGAUGAUAUUGGCUUCAGUCUUCGUGUCACAGCUAUACUUAACCCUGAAUGCAGCAGCGGUCAAAUGCAAUGUUCUAGUGGACUGUGUAUCAGCGAAUCGGCAAGGUGUGACGGAAAUAACGACUGUCUCGAUUUCUCAGAUGAGGAAUACUGUCCGUACUGCGAACAAGUUCAUUUAGAUAUAUGUAGACAGAGCCUGGCCUACAAUUUGACUUUUUUCCCGAAUCGGAACGCCGAGACAUCAGACGCUGCAGUGGGAGGCUUUACAGACAUGGCAGAUACUAUAUCAUCGUGCCAUGAUCACCUGAUCCCCUUCAUGUGCACCAUAUACUAUCCGGAAUGCACCCAUAACGGCCCAACCCAUCGGGUGUGCUACUCCGACUGUUUAGCAGUCACUGAUGCCUGCAAGGCAUCCUUUGAGCAACUCCUCGACCGCCCUUGGCCCGUCAACUGUUCCAUGUUUACCGAUGAACAGGAGGAAGAUGGGAGCUGUUUUGGCCCUGCGGGAGAUAUUUUUGGUACCAACAUAUGCGGGACACGCCCUGCAUACGCAUCAGACCAAAACAGGGUUCUUGGUGGUACCAACGCACGCCAAGGGGAAUUCCCUUGGAUUGGUUCACUCCGCCUCGAAGGAUUGGAUUUUGGAGGACAUUGGUGUGGGUCUACCCUGAUCAACUCUCAAUGGGUUCUUACCGCCGCUCACUGCGUGUAAGUAUGAUGCCACUAUAAAAUCAGA